AUGGGGAGCGCCCUCAGCGCCCGGUACGGGGCACGCCCAGUGGUGAUGGCCGGAGGCCUCCUCGCUAGCCUAGGUUUGCUGCUGGCUUCGUUCUCCGUCAAGAUCUCUCACCUUUACCUGAGCAUCGGCCUCAUCUCAGGUGCGCCUUCUUCUAAGCCGGGUGGGGGGGCAGGAUGCGGGAUGCUUUUCCAGAUUGAGGGCCGCAUUCUCAAAUGGGCAGCCUUUCAAGGGCCACAUGGGCAGGGUCAGGGUGAAAGGUUGUUAGGACAAUGGAUGCAAAUGCUCACCUUUGUACAGUAGUAUACCUAGCCCAGUAGACCUGAAGGAGAGUCUCCACCCCCAUCGUUCUGCCCGGACGCUGAGGUCCAGCGCCGAGGGCCUCCUGGCAGUUCCCUCACUUUGAGAAGCGAAGUUACAGGGAACCAGGCAGAGGGCCUUCUCGGUGGUGGCACCUGCCCUGUGGAACGCCCUCCCAUCAGAUGUCAAGGAAAUAAACAACUAGCUGACUUUUAGAAGACAUCUGAAGGCAGCCCUGUUUAGGGCAGUUUUUAAUGUUUGACGUUUUAUCGUGUUUUUAAUAUACUGUUGGGAGCCGCCCAGAGUGGCUGGGGAAACGCAGCCAGAUGGGCAGGGUAUUAAUGAUGAUGAUGAUGAUGAUGAUGAUGAUGUUUAUUGAAACAGAAGGAUGCCCACAAGCGUAGGUUAGUUUGGACACACAUUCACAUUGGUGUGCUAGGCCUAUGGGAAAAUGGUCCCUCAUCCAUUCCCUAAGCAAGAGGAGAGGAAGAACUGAAGUGUGGGAAUGUUCAGUAGAGGAUAUAUUUUUCAGGGGUGAAGAAGAGGAUAUCUUGUUUGGUUAUAUCCUUUUGCAACUUGUGUUAACAAGUUCCACAAUUUAGCAGAGUAACAUUCCCCUUUUUAAGCUUGCAGCGGAUGCAUUUGCUCAGGCUCACUAAAGCCUCUAUAAUAACUGUUCUGGUAUUUUCCCCUUAAUCCCUCAUAAAAGAUAAGACAUGACACGGUCUUCUACAAAGGUAUAAAAAAAGGUUUACUCACACAUCAUUCUGUUCACAAUAGGAUCCCAGAAGGCAGACUUAGCUUAGAAAACUAACAUAUACCUAGAAACUAUCUCAUAAGAAGACAGUCCCUUUGUCCUCUCUUGAGGGCAUCUUUGGCUAAGCAGAUGUUGCUUCUUUGAUGCAUGUAGUCAAAGAGAGAGAGAUGGCUGCCCUGCCCUGUGCUUUUGUCCUUACCUGCACAGGUGAGGCCACGCCCACCUUUAGUCACAUGCAGAGGAAGUCUGUCCCAGCCCAGAAGGAAACAGGAAGUUUACCUGCUGGCUGGACAAACAUUCCUCCCAUGUGUAAACUCUAGGAAUGUUGUACUUGACUGCUCUUGUGUUUCACAUCCCACAUGAAGAAUUGGAAAGGGACAGUCCACCCCCCCAAAAAAAAGCCUUCUCAUGGUAUGUGGGAAAGGGGGCUAUAGGGUCAGCAAUGGGGAACCCAUCCCAGUCCCUGAUGCUGCUAAUACGACUCUUCCCAUCCUUCCUGACCACAAGGCAUGCUGGCUGCUGGGUCUGCCAGCUGUCAGUCCAAGAAAGAAGCACACCAAGAACCUAGGCCAAUAUAAGUUUCAGGGGUGGGAGUGGUCCCUACUGGCAAAUCAAUAGUCAAUUGUAACAAAAACUAAUCCAUUCAAAAGUAUGUAUUCUGACAAGGAUUUCAGACUCAAAUAGAGAUUACAAACUCAAGCAGAGAUUACAAACUCAAACUCAUAAGGAUAUGUAUAUCCAACUAUGGAACAGAAACCAGUAAAUUCAUGAAUUUACUGGUUUCUGAUCCAUAACUGGAUAUAAUCUUGUAAUCUCUGUUUGUGUUUGUAAUCUCCCACUACUGAAAUUUAUAUUGGCCUGAGUUCUUGGUGUGCUUUUUUCUUGGUAUAUUUAAUAACAAGAGCUCCAACUUAUUUAAUGUUAGCUGUCAAGAGUCCAACAACGACCCCUGGAGACCGGUUGCGGGUUCUCCAUCCCUGUCCCUAUCUAACCCACCCAUUUAUCUGGAUCCAUGAGGACUACAAGCUUGCUUUAUUUCCAGGGGGUUUGGCUGUAGCUCAGAGAUAGAGCAGAAGGCACCUGAUUCAAUCCCCGCCAAUGUCUGGCAGCCCGGAGAGCAGUUAGUUACUGCCGGUCACUGCACCGGCAGUGCCGAGCCGGGGUCAGACUAGAUGACCUGCAGGAGUCCCCUUUCCAAGCCUGCGAUUCUGCGAUCCACUGCCUGAUCUCACCGCCUGCUUUUCUCCCCCCCCCCAACCACAGGGUUCGGCUGGGCCUUGGUGUUCACCCCUUCCACGGCCGCUGUCUCCGAUUAUUUCCAGAAGCGCCGGGCUCUGGCCAUGGGGCUGGCGGUCUCGGGCGCCGGCGUCUCCUCGCUGGUCUUCUCCCCGCUCUUCCAGCUCCUGGCGGACUCGUACGGCUGGCGAGGGGCGCUGCUGGUGGUCUCGGCCAUGUCCCUCAACCUGGUGGCGUCCGCCGCGCUUCUGAGGCCCUUGACCAUGGAGGGAGACGGACAGCCGGACCUCCAGGCCCAGGAUUCAAAAUGGCGGCAGACAUUGGCUUCCCUCUUCGCCCUGGAGCUACUCCGCCAGGGACGCUUCCUGCGCUACGUCUUGGCCUUCGUCCUGGUUGACGCCGGCUACUUCGUCCCCUACGCCCACCUGGUGGCCCACGCAAGGGAAGAGGGCUGCGACGAAUACCAAGCCGCCUUUAUCAUGGCCGCCGCCGCCGUGGCGGACAUGUUUGGCCGGAUUUGGGCAGGCUGGCUGGCAGAUACCGCCGUCUGCUGCCGCCUCGUCCACCACCUGACCCUCUGGACUGUCCUCACGGGGGUCUCGCUCGCUCUGGUGCCCCUGGGGCACGGCUUCGCUGCUCUGGUGUCCCUCGGCCUCUGCUACGGGUUCUUCGCCGGCGCCCUCGUCCCUCUCCAGUUCGCUAGCCUGGCAGAAAUCGUGGGUGCCGACUCGGUACUGGGGGGUAUCGGCCUCAUGCACAUGUUGGAGAGCGUGGGGGCUCUGGUGGGGACCCCUCUGUCAGGUAAAGGGCUCCGGUUUAUUCCCCUUGCUCCCAGGCUUCCGAGGGCUCUUUGGCGGACGGUUCUGGUGGCCUCGCCUCAAAAAGGGUACCGAAAAGGGGUGGGAAAGGUUCGGAGAAGGGCAAUUCAGAGGAUGGAGUGUGUCACUCAUGUUAUAAGAAAAACCUGCUCCUUUUCCCUUAUGGUGUAUCCAAGAGUCCUUAAGUGGGUUCCCUAUCAGUAGGAGAAAAUAACAGAGGCCAAGCAGAGAACAUUGAGAAGUAAAGCGGCUAGUAAGCCUGAUCUUUAUAAAACUUUUGCAGCAGGAUCCCCCGCUCACCACACGCAGGAAAGAGGAGGAACCCUGAACAAUGGUGCGCAAGCUGUUAUAUAGACGCUUGAAAUUGCCCACCCUGUAGCCCAAGACCACCCCCCAAAACAUCAUACAUACAUCACAGAAGGAGGCAGCCUACAGCAGAAAUCCUGCCUGCCAGGAUACCUGAUAAUGGUCCUUGAUUGCUUUACCUGGGCACAGUGGCGUAGCGUGGGGGGUGCAGGGGGGGCCAGCCGCACCGGGCGCAACAUCUGGGGGGGGGCGCGCUCGCACUCGCAGCUCUCUGCCCCUACCUGGCUCACUCACUCUCUCUCACUGCAGUGCUGGCUGUGCGAAUCCGAUCCAAGCCGCCGGGUCGCCGCCCACUGUGGAGGGGGGGUGCCAGGCGUGCGGUGCAGAGAGAGAGCGAGGGACUAUCUGGGGGAGGGACAGUGCAGCGGCCGCCCAGCGCAGCGCUGAGCACGGGAGAGAACCACACCAGACCAGACCAGGAAGCAGCAAGAAGAAGCUGGCAGCGGCGGCAGGUUAGGGGUUAGGGGGCGCAAAUUACUUGCCUUGCCCAGGGUGCUGACAACCCACGCUACGCUGCUGCCUGGGCAGCCUGGCCAUUAUUUUGUGGUGGUUAAUACUCUAGUUCCUGAAUCCAGGUCACAGGCUCACCCUAUUCAUACACAAAUGCACCCUCCCCAGCCAGAGCCAGGCUCAGGGCAGCUAACACCAGCAAAAUUACAGUAAAAACAUAAGGGGGAGGGAACAAUUUAAAAUACAGCUUAAAAUGCAAUUUAAAGUGCAGCCUCAUUUUAAAAGUAGCCCAUAGAUCAAAACCAUAAGGGGAGGGAAACAUAAGGGUCAGACUGAGUCCAAACCAAAGGCCAGGCGGAACAGCUCUGUCUUGCAGGCCCUGCGGAAAGAUGUCAAGUCCCGCAGGGCCCUGGUCUCUUGUGACAGAGCAUUCCACCAAGUCGGGGCCAGUACUGAAAAGGCCCUGGCCUUAGCUGAGACCAGUCUAACCACCUUGCAACCUGGGACCUCCAAGGUGUUGUCAUUUGUGGACCUUAAGGUCCUCCAUGGGGCAUACUAGGAAAGGCGGUCCCAUAGGUAUUAAAUAACAACAACAACAACAACUCCCACAUGAGGCAGUGACAGCCACCAAUCUAGGUGACUUUAAAAGAAGUCAGAUUUGUGGUGGAGAGGGCUAUCAGGGGCUCCUAGCCAGGGUGGAUAAUCUCCACAGUUUGAGGCAGCAAUGCUUCCGAAUUGUUGUUGUUGUUGUUGUUGUUGAGUCGUUUAGUCGUGUCCACCUCUUCGUGACCCCCUGGACCAGAGCACGCCAGGCCCUCCUGUCUUCCACUGCCUCCCCCAGUUUGGUCAAACUCAUGCUGGUACCUUCAAGAACACUGUCCCACCAUCUCGUCCUCUGUCGUCCCCUUCUCCUUGCGCCCUCCAUCUUUCCCAACAUCAGGGUCUUUUCCAGGGAGUCUUCUCUUCUCAGGAGGUGGCCAAAGUCUUGGAGCCUCAGCUUCAGGAUCCGUCCUUCCAGUGAGCACUCAGGGCUGAUUUCCUUCAGAAUGGAUAGGUUCGAUCUUCUUGCAGUCCAUGGGACUCUCCAGAGUCUCCUCCAGCACCAGAAUUCAAAAGCAUCCAUUCUUCGGCGAUCAGCCUUCUUUAUGGUCCAGCUCUCACUUCCAUACAUCACUGCUGGGAAAACCAUAGCUUUAACUAUACGGACCCUUGCUAGCAAGGUGAUGUCUCUGCUUUUCAAGAUGCUGUCUAGGUUUGUCAUUGCUUUUCUCCCAAGCCACGUGCAAAAAACCCCAUGAGGGGAGAGUGGCUCUUGUGUUUAAAUUCUGCUUGCUGGGUUUCCCACUGUGAGAACAGCUACAUGGGCCAUUGGCCUGACCCGGCAGGGCUCUUCCUACGAUCUUUUACCAGAGGGCAAUGCCAAUAAGCUCAAAAGCUAAGACCACCUUUUACGUUCCAGGCUGGCUGAGAGACAUGACGGGGAAUUACACCGCCUCCUUCCUCACGGCCGGAGCGUUCCUCCUGGCGGGCAGCGCGACCCUUCUCACCUUGCCGGACUACUUCUCCUGCUCCCGGCCAUCGCAAACCAAGGCAGAGACCCUCACGGGACCCCCAGACCACCAGGCCUUCGAAUUAAGGGGUCUGCCCCAACAAGACAGAGCGUAA